AUGACGCACGGUUUAACGAGACGGAUAUUAGUGGAGACGCGGAACUUAUCGAGGGACCCGCCCCCGGGUAUAAGCGCCAUCCCCGACGAAAACAACUGCCGGUAUUUCCACGUGGUGAUGGCGGGACCGGCUGGAUCGCCUUACGAGGGCGGCCUGUUCAGGCUCGAGCUGUUCCUACCCGAAAACUACCCCCUCGCGCCGCCGGGGGUGCGGUUUUUGACCAGAAUCUACCACCCGAACAUCGACAACCUAGGCAGGAUCUGCCUGGACCUGCUCAAGGCUCAGUGGUCUCCGGCGCUACAGAUCAGAACCGUCUUGCUGUCGAUCCAGGCGCUGCUAGGCAGCCCGAACCCGGACGAUCCGCUCGCCAACGAUGUGGCAACGCUGUGGAAAACUAGGGAGGGCGACGCGGUCGCGACAGCAAGGGAAUGGACCAGGAUAUACGCUAUGGAGUAG